AUGGUCAUCAAGGUGACGAAAGCCAAGAAGAAACUGACCUACGACAAUAAGCUAUGCAGCCUCUUGGAUGGGUAUCACAUCAAGUCUCAUAGUAAGAGCAUAGGCAACAAGAACUACCUUAACUUCCUCCAAUCGCUCGUCAGAAAUAUUGGGUUGAUCUUUACCAAAGGAGAUCUAAAGGAAGUUAGUGAGAAAGUCGCAAAAUACAAGGUUGGAGUACCUGCUAGUAUUGGGCUUGUGGCUCUCACUGAUGUCGUCGUCUCUCAUAUUCUAAAUGUGAGACUCAUCUCCGCAUUUCAAAGCAACAAGGCCCAUUUCCAAACUUCAGAAACAGGGCCACGAUAA